GUUGCCCAUUUUCAAACCCUAUUCUCUCUCUAGAAAUCUGUCCUAAUCUGCCUUGAUUCAGAGCUAGCAUUGUGAUUUUGUAGAGCUCUGGUUUUCUAAACAAAUGGCUUGAAUUGGAGCUUCAUCAUUUUGUAGAGCCCUCUUCAUCAGUGUUUUUCUUCAAGUGUUUUCGUCAAAUUCCCGGCAUAUUUUCUUCGAUGAGGAACGUGGACAAAAAUCUUUGCUUGUUGAUUUUCGGGUUUCUUUUCUUGCCCUCUUUGCUGCAUUUAAUCUCAGCUGCAGAUUACGUUCCAACUGAUAAAAUUCUCCUUAACUGUGGGGCGUCUCCGGAGACUACUGAUUCUGAUGGUCGCAAAUGGACCUCAGAUAUCGGGUCGAAGUUUGCGUCCAAGGGAGGGAAUUCAUCUACAUCUACUGCUGCUACCCAAGAUCCCUCUGUUCCUCAAGUCCCUUACAUGACCGCUCGGAUUUUUCAAUCUGAGUACGCCUAUAGUUUUCCUGUUGCUUUGGGUCACAAAUUUGUCCGUCUCUACUUUUAUCCCGCAUCUUACUCGGGGCUAAAUGCCUCAAAUGCCAUCUUCUCAGUUACUGCCGGACCAUAUACCCUUCUCAAGAACUUCAGUGUCGCCCAAACAACUCAAGCCCUGAACUUUGAUUUUAUCAUGAAAGAGUAUUCUGUCAAUGCACCCACUGAAAUUUUGAACAUAACCUUCAAACCUUCUUCCAGUUCUCCCAAUUCCUAUGCCUUUGUGAACGGGAUUGAGGUAGUUUCGAUGCCUGACAUUUACAAUACCGCUGAUGGGGCUUCCAUGAUGGUUGGGGAAAAUGUAGCGUUUAUUAUAGACAACAGUACUGCUCUUGAAAAUGUUUACCGGGUGAAUGUUGGUGGAAAUGACAUUUCACCCUCUGGUGAUACGGGGUUGUUUCGGUCCUGGUCCGCUGAUUCACAAUACAUCUUUGGGGCAGCAUUUGGAGUUACAGAAACUAUUGGUUCAAACGUGACAUUUCAGUAUCCUUCUGGCAUGCCCACUUACGUUGCACCUGUUGAUGUCUAUUCCACUGCUAGAUCAAUGGGUCCAAACCAGAACAUCAAUUUGAAUUAUAAUCUAACUUGGAUGUUCACGGUUGACUCAGGCUUUUCUUACCUGGUUAGGCUGCAUUUCUGUGAGGUUGAAGGAGUUAUAACUGAACAUAAUCAAAGGGUAUUUUCUAUCUUCCUCAAUAAUCAAACUGCAGAGAGAGAGGCAGAUGUGAUUGCUUGGGCAGGAAAGCAAGGAGUUCCGUUGUACAAGGAUUAUGUGGUCCUGGUUCCCACUGGUGCUCCGCAGCAGGAUCUUUGGCUUGCACUACAUCCGUACACUGCCACAAAGUCCCAAUACUAUGAUGCAAUUCUGAGCGGAGUGGAGAUAUUCAAAGUAAAUGACACUUCUGGAAAUCUUGCUGGUCCUAAUCCAGUCCCAGCCUCAAUAGUUGGAAAUGAGCCAUCAUCAGCUAAUCGGUCAUCAAGUUCUUCAAGUCAUUCAAAUUAUCUGAAAGCAAUUAUAGGCGGAAGUGUUGGUGGCGGCAUUGCUGCAGUCCUUAUUGUUGGUUUAUUAGUUUGUCGUCGUCGUAGGAAGGCGAAGUACUCAAGUCCAAGUGAUGGGCCAUCUGGGUGGCUCCCUCUUUCCUUAUAUGGACAUUCACACUCUGCAGGCUCAGCAAAGACUAACACCACAGGAAGCUAUGCCUCAUCCCAUCCUUCAAACCUUUGCCGCCACUUUUCAUUUGCUGAGAUCAAGUCUGCCACCAAAAAUUUUGAUGAGGCUCUACUCCUUGGGGUGGGAGGUUUUGGCAAAGUUUACAAGGGAGAAAUUGAUGGUGGAACAACUAAGGUUGCAAUUAAGCGUGGGAAUCCCCUUGCUGAGCAAGGUGUGCAUGAAUUCCAAACUGAGAUAGAAAUGCUCUCAAAGCUUCGACACCGUCACCUUGUUUCACUGAUUGGUUAUUGUGAAGAGAAUUGUGAAAUGAUCCUCGUCUACGAUUACAUGGCUCAUGGAACCCUUCGAGAGCACUUGUACAAGACCAAUAAGCCUCCACUGCCAUGGAAGCAGAGGCUUGAGAUAUGCAUUGGAGCUGCUCGUGGUUUACACUAUCUUCACACUGGUGCCAAGCACACUAUCAUCCACCGUGAUGUCAAGACAACUAACAUCCUAUUAGAUGAGAAGUGGGUGGCAAAGGUUUCUGAUUUUGGCUUGUCGAAAACAGGUCCUACAUUGGAUCACACUCAUGUCAGCACAGUUGUAAAGGGAAGUUUUGGGUAUUUAGAUCCAGAGUACUUCAGGAGGCAGCAGCUGACAGAAAAAUCCGAUGUUUACUCAUAUGGAGUAGUACUCUUUGAGAUCUUGUGUGCUCGGCCAGCUUUGAACCCAACGCUUCCAAAGGAGCAAGUGAGUUUGGCAGAGUGGGCUUUACAUUGCCAGAUGAAGGGAAUUCUUGAUCAGAUCAUUGACCCAUAUCUAAAGGGGAAGAUCACACCAGAGUGCUUCACAAAGUUUGCGGAGACAGCAAUGAAGUGUGUGGGAGAUCAGGGGAUCGACAGGCCAUCAAUGGGUGAUGUGCUGUGGAACCUUGAGUUUGCUCUGCAACUGCAGGAGAGUGCAGAGGAGAACGACAAGGGCCUUGGUGGAACGGACAUUGAAGAAGGUUCAUUUGAUGUAGCCUUUAAAGGAAAGAAGGAUCCAGAUGCAACUCCUGGUUUUGAUGGUAAUGUGAUGGAUUCAAGGAGCAGUGGAUUGUCUAUGAGCAUAGGCGGCCGCAGCCUAGCAAGUGAAGAUUCAGAUGGAUUAACACCAAGUGCUGUGUUCUCACAGAUUAUGAACCCUAAAGGACGUUAGAUAUCAAUAGUGAUAGCAUUUGCUGCUCGGCGCCGAUAUAUAUGUUUAAAGGCAACACUCAAGUAAAAUUUCUCUCUUAUUAGAUAUCAAUAUUAUCCAUUUACUUACUGUAUUAUUUUGGGCUCUUAAUAUGUUUUGAUCAAAACCAUUAUAUAUCUAGAAUUUGUGUCUCAA